CUCUGUAUAGCUUUACAGGGUAUUUAAAUCAUCUACUUUUUAUUUAUUAUAGUUUCUAAAAGAAAAUACACCAAUGAAAUGUAAUUCUUUUCGAGUUUAAUUAACUUUUAAAAUUACUUUUUAAAAUAAUCUUUUUAUGGCUUGACUUGACGAGUUCCAUGGCGUAGUGGUUAGCAUUUAUGGUCUCGAAAGAGCUGUCGUUGGGCUUUCAGAAAUAGAUUCCAGCUCCAUUUACAGCGGCUCAUCAUCAUCUUCAACCCUGUUACGUCCCAUUGUAGGGGAUCAGGGGCGCGACCGUCCAACUCAUGGACGUAGCCGUAGUCGUAGAUAUAACCUACACUUUAUCGAUAUUUCUUAUGAAUCUGUUUUAUUCUUUUAAUUUUUUUUUAAAUUUUAAUAUUUUAUCAAACAUUUUGGUUUGUUUUUCUUUUCGAAAUAGCAUUGUUUGUAUCAAUUCGACAAUUUGUAAAUUUCGUUUAACUUUAAUAAUUCAGCAAACAAAAAAAACUAAAAGCGUUGAUUAAAUAUGUAAAUAAUAAAAAAUUAUUAAUUUUAAAACAAUAUCAACAGAUUCAUGUGUUAAACCUAUAAAGCGUAGGUUAUAGAUACGACUACGGCUACGUCCAUGAGUUAGGCGGUCGCACCCCUGGCCGUCCUUAUGAAUGGUUAAGGAGGAGGCUGGGCCAUAACCCUCCACACUGGCAUAAUGCGUAUUGGAGUGUAUUAUCGACUGCAAAUGCAGCCGGGACCAACGGCUUAACAUGCCUUCCGAAGCACGUAGUAGCUCGAUAUCACAAUUUUUGGUCACCAGUGACCGAACCGUCCCCUUAUAAUUCUAUACAAGUUUUUAGCUUCAAGUUUUUCUGCAGCUUUUAUGCUGUACUCAAUAUGGGCGUGGCACGUGAUAUGUUCGCCCGACGCUUUCUCUUGGAACUUCGGCUUCGUGUUCCUGAAUCUAGCGCAGGUGGUCUAUUUGGUGUACGAAAUGAGACCAGUAAAGUUCGAUCCAGAACUGGAGGAAGUCUACCAUACUCUGUUUGAGCCCUUCAAGGUAACUUCAUUUGAAAUCAAUAUUCUUAACAAUUGUUUCCACCAUAUUUUAAGUAUAUCGACUGUAACACGCGUAUUUCAAAAUGUUUUUGACGUUUCAAAGCCUUUGCAAGUUCUGUUGUCAGUAGAGCACUAUAGUUAAAAGUUCCAUACAACAGUUUGUAAAUAAUUUGGAAUCAAUAUUUUGAAUAGUAUUGUAACCUCAUGUAUUAUGUUAUUUUAUUUAAGACCAAUAAGUAGAACGACAUUCAAUCGAACGCCGACAAUCGUUAACUGCAUUUGGGCAAAAUAGUAAGAAAAGAAAAUCUGUUUUUUAAAUUUGUUUGAAAAAGUAAAUAUAAUAAAUUGUAACGUAACCAUUUAUCUGAAUGGACUAUAAAUUCCUUUAGGUAUCUCGAUUGCAGUUCAAAAGAAUGGUAUCUCCAGAUUUUG